GGUGAAGAGGAUGAUGAGGAAGAUCAGCCUCUGAGCCUGUCGUGGCCCGAGUCCAAACGCAAGCGCCUCACGUAUCUCUUGAUCCUGCCCAUAGUCUUCCCUCUGUGGAUGACGCUGCCGGACGUCCGGAAGGCCAGUUCCAAGAAGUUUUUUCCCAUUACGUUCCUGGGAGCGAUUUGCUGGAUCGCGGGAUUCUCCUACCUGAUGGUGUGGUGGGCUCAUCAGGUUGGAGAGACUAUAGGAAUCACAGAGGAGAUCAUGGGACUGACGAUUCUAGCGGCGGGAACCUCCAUCCCUGAUCUGAUCACCAGUGUCAUUGUGGCCCGGAGGGGUCUGGGAGACAUGGCAGUGUCCAGCUCCGUGGGCUCCAACAUAUUCGACAUUACUGUGGGGUUACCGCUCCCAUGGCUGCUGUACUCCAUUAUAAACAGUAUGAGCCCGGUUCAGGUGAGUAGCAACGGUCUGUUCUGCGCCAUCGUGCUGCUCUUCAUCAUGCUCCUCUUCGUCAUCAUCUCCAUCGCCGCCUGUAAGUGGAAGAUGAGCAAACUGCUGGGCUUCAUCAUGUUCCUGCUCUAUAUGGUCUUCCUGGUGGUCAGCGUCCUGUUGGAGGACAAGGUCAUCGUCUGCCCCAUCUCUGUCUGACAUCUCAUUUACACACGCAUGAAGCUAAACCACGUUCCUGCUGACUUUAACUUACCUCCAUAGUCAUGAGUUCCCAGCCUCCUUCGCACUUCAUCUAAAACCCUGUGUGUUUAUGGGGUUUUACACACUUAAAACAUGCUUUAAUAUUAAUAUGUGUCUUGCUUUCCAGUAAAAUAUCUAAACAUCCUUAAAGAACAUCACUGAACUGUGUACUUAAGAAGCAAAACUCGUUUUCCGAGAAAAUAUCUUUACUUAAGUUUUUUUUUUUUUUUUUGUCUAAUUU